CCAGGCCUAAGCGAUAAGCGCACAACCAAAAUAACAACAAUUUCUAGAAAUAAACUAUAAAUAAAAGCUAAACAAUGGCUUCUGAUGGGGAGGACAUUAAUAUAACUCCCGCCGAAUCUCUGGCGUCGGCUACGGACACCGAGGACGAGGAGUUGGAUCCGCCACAUGGGAAUUCCGACUUUGAAUCCGACGACGAGGUAUUGGAAGUGGAGGAGGUGCCAGCGAGCGCCGAGGAAGCGGAUAUGGAUGAGCUGCUGCGACAGCUGGAGGAUUACACACCCACCAUUCCGGACGCCCUGACCAUGCACGCCCUGAAAACGGCUGGCUUCUCCACCGUGGACCCGCAAAUAGUGCGCCUCAUCUCCGUGUCCGCCCAGAAAUUCAUCUCCGACAUUGCUAACGAUGCACUGCAGCACUGCAAGACACGCACCACGAACAUCCAGCACUCCAGUGGACACAGUUCAAGCAAGGAUAAGAAGAACCCCAAGGAUCGCAAGUACACGCUGGCCAUGGAGGAUCUGGUUCCCGCUCUUGCUGAUCAUGGCAUCACCAUGCGCAAGCCCCAAUAUUUCGUUUAAGUGUAGUUAUUAACAGAAAGCUAGAGUCCCCCACAUCUGUAGUCGCUCUCCUUAAAUUGAGCAUAAUAAUAGAUCCAUUCAAUUUUUUAUAUUUAAAAACA